AUGGAUUCUUCUACUUUUCGCCUAUUUCCAAGACUCCCAGCCGAGCUUCGGCUCCAGGUUUGGACAGCUUGCAAAGAUUCAAGAGCGGCCGUUAUGAAGCACUCUCGGCUCAACGCGUGGAAAGAGCUGUACGACAAAAGCGACCGCGAGGGGAAGCUCCCCAUACAAUGCGAUCCCGACUGGGAUGACGGAGAAGAGGAUGUUCAUCCGGGACUACUUGUCAUGGGUGAGGGUCACGAUACGUGGUAUCUCAUAGUAUACCCCGCCCGAGAUGUCUUCUGCGUUACUUUCAAUAACUGGGAAUUUGCUAAACGAGCAUUGGAGAACUCUAAUAUGUUUUAUAAUUUCCCCUUUCUCGGCAUUGACUGGGCCGGGGCCGCCUUGGGGGUGGAGAAUCUCGCCCUUGAAUUCGAUCUGAGUUGGAACCAUGCCCUUCCGGAAUACAUCUAUGACUUGAGGAUGGAGGAAUCUCCUCGAGGUCUACUAGCAAAACUGAUUGAUGAAAUGGUGUAUUGGCUGGAUUUCCCUGGCCUUUGGCUUGUCGAUAAGAGUGUCUAUUGGCGGGCAGAGCCAGACAGAGACUAUAGCACGGUAUUUUACGAUUGCGACGGCGAGUACGUUGAGAUCGGUUGGGACGAUACGUAUAGCGACCACUCAGGGACGGGGGCAGGCCAGGGUCCUGUCACUUACUUCAUACGCGAGCUUGCUAGUUUGUGCGACUCGCAUUACACCGACCUCAGCCGCGGAGACUUGACUCCUGGGUAUCAUGAAGAAUUGGUACACCAAUUCUCAGUUGAGGCGUCCGUCAGGCUCCUUGUUCGCCGAGACAAACAAAGAAGCGAGAAUGACAGCCAGGUGAUGGAGGAUGAGAAUGAGAAUAUGGUGACGGAAGAUGAGUGCGAUGGCUGA